AUGGGUCCAGAGGGGCACUUUGGGGCUCUGGCCUCAGGUCAGUGUUCCUUGGUGUCCAGCCCUUCCCCCUGGAGUCUGCCCCGGUGGAGAGCAUAUGUGGCCGCCGUGGUUCUUUGUUACAUCAACCUCCUGAACUACAUGAACUGGUUCAUUAUCGCAGGAAUGCUGCCAGACAUACAGAAGUCUUUUCACAUCAGUGACAGUGAUGCUGGUUUGCUUCAGACAGUCUUUAUCAGCUGCCUGCUGGGGUCAGCACCUGUGUUUGGCUACUUGGGUGAUCGGCACAGUCGCAAGGCCAUGCUGUGCUUCGGGAUCCUGCUCUGGUCAGGGGCUGGCCUCUCCAGCUCCUUCGUUCCUACAGAGUACUCCUGGCUCUUCUUCCUUUCCCGGGGAGCUGUGGGCGCUGGCCUAGCCAGCUACUCCACCAUCACACCCACUGUCCUGGGGGACCUCUUCGUGCAGGACCAUAGGACGCACAUAUUGACCAUCUUCUACAUCUCCAUACCUGUUGGAAGUGGUCUGGGCUACGUGCUGGGGUCAGCUGUGUCAGAGCUGACGGGGAGCUGGCGCUGGGCCCUCCGGAUCAUGCCUUGCCUGGAGGCUGUGGCCUUGAUCUUGCUCAUCCUGUUGGUUCCCAACCCACCUCGAGGAGCUGCUGAGGGGCAGGGAGAGGUGGUGGCGGGGGUCCUGAGGAGCAGCUGGUGUGAGGACAUCCGAUACCUGGGGAGAAACUGGAGUUUCGUGUGGUCCACACUUGGAGUGACAGCCAUGACUUUUGUGACCGGAGCCCUGGGCUUCUGGGCGCCCAAGUUUCUGUUUGAGGCCCGUGUGGUUCACGGGCUACAGCUUCCCUGCUUUCAGGAUCCAUGUGGCAGCCAGGACAGCCUGAUUUUCGGAGUACUAACUGUUAUGACUGGCAUCAUCGGAGUUGUUCUGGGUGCAGAGACUUCCAGAAGAUACAAGAAAGUGAACCCUAGAGCGGAACCUCUCGUCUGUGCCUGCAGCCUGCUCGUAGCAGCCCCCUGUCUCUAUUUGGCUCUGGUCCUGGCCCCGACUACACUUCUGGGCUCCUAUGUGUUCCUGGGCAUUGGGGAACUGCUUCUGUCUUGCAGCUGGGCAGUGGUUGCUGACAUCCUGCUGUCCGUGGUGAUACCCAGGUGCCGAGGAACAGCAGAGGCAGUUCAGAUCACAGUGGGCCACAUCCUGGGAGAUGCAGGCAGCCCCUACCUCAUUGGACUUAUCUCCAGUGCCCUGCGGGCCACACGCCCUGACUCCUACCUACAGUGCUUCCUCAGCCUGCAGCAGAGCUUCCUGUGCUGUGUCUUCACCAUUGUCCUGGGCGGUGGCUGCUUCUUGCUGACUGCACUGUACCUGGAGGGAGACCAGGCCCAGGUUCAGGAGCAGCAGCCUGGCACAGGCACACUGGACAACAAGGACACAGAGAGCCAUGGCCUGCCUUCUGAAGCCAGAACCUCCACAGAGGAUCUCUGAGGGAGGACCCUGCCCUGCAGUAAGGAAGCCCUAUGCUGCUUGUUCCCCUUUGGAUGGCCCCACCACAGCAGUGCUUUUGCUGAGCCUGGCAAAGCUGUAUCUGCCAUUUUUCCCAGCUAGAGAGCUGGCAGGGCCCAGCACUGACUGGAGAUUGAGCCACUGGUGCUCUCCAGGGUGGCUGGAUCUGGACCCACACUCAGCACCAGAUCUCUCCCGCUUGGGGUCUCAGCCUGGCUUCC